AUGAAAUUUCUUUAUUCAUUGAUUUCGUUUCUCUAUAUCCCACUCCUCUCACUUGCAAGUCAGAAACUGGACCCAAACAAACUAAACCCAUCAUUAAGGCUGGAAAUGAAAGUGAAGAUAGGAAAUAGUCAACUUAAAUCAAUGACAUUAGGUCUAUUUGCUGAACAAGUGCCAAAGACUGUCAAUAACUUCUAUUCCUUGUGUAUUGGAAAUAAACGAGAUGAGGAUGGGAAGGAAAUGACAUAUGUUGGAAGUAAAUUUCAUAGAGUUAUUCCAGGCUUUAUGGCCCAAGGUGGAGACUUCACUAAGCACAAUGGUAUGGGGGGUAAAAGUAUUUAUGGAGAUACUUUUGAAGAUGAAAAUUUUUCAAUUAAACAUGCCCCUUAUGUCCUAUCAAUGGCAAAUAGAGGAGAGCACACAAAUGGGUCUCAAUUCUUUAUCACAUUUGGUCAUACACCUCAUCUAGAUGGGAAACAUGUAGUAUUUGGACGUCUAAUGGACGAAAAGAGCAAGAAAGUACUAAGAGAAAUUGAAUUAGUCGGUUCAAUGAGUGGCAAAUGCUCAAAAGAUGUCAUAAUUACUGAGUGUACUUUAUUGUCUGGGUCUCCUAGUGAAAUUUUACAAUAG